UAAACCACGUGACCUAUGUUUACAUCCUCUCAGCUGUGUCUGUCUUCUCCUUCACUUCGACACAACGGCUCUUCGUUACCAACUUACUUCUCCCUCCUUCGCUCGGGCCAGCUGACGUUAAGCUGCUAGAUAACACAGCUGACCGGCAGUUAGCCUCCAAAUAAAAGACAUUUGAAAAAAAAAGGAGCGCUGCUAAAACGUCUGAAAGUCGCAUUGCACAGAGCAUCCAGUUGAUGCGACACGGAAUUGUCACUCGCUGCCCUGGACAUGACCGGAGUCUGAACCGACGCUUGAGGAGUCACAGCGGCGGCAGCAGCGUUCAGGUCAGACGUUCUUCCCCCAUGCCACACUGAGGAGGAAUCGCUCACCCGGAGUACGAGUUUCGGCCCUUGUGUUUUCUCUUCUCUUUUCGUCAUGGGGGGAGCCGUGAGCGCUGGGGAGGACAAUGACGACCUCAUUGAUAAUCUGAAGGAGGCCCAGUACAUUCGCACGGAGAAAGUUGAGCAGGCCUUUCGGGCCAUAGACCGCGGUGACUACUAUCUGGACGGCUACCGGGACAGUGCCUACAAAGACUUGGCGUGGAAGCAUGGCAACAUACACCUGUCUGCUCCGUGUAUAUACUCAGAGGUGAUGGAGGCCCUCAAACUGCAGCCUGGACUUUCUUUCCUCAAUCUGGGCAGUGGGACUGGCUACCUGAGCACAAUGGUUGGCCUCAUCAUAGGACCAUUUGGUGUGAACCAUGGAGUUGAGCUCCAUAAGGACGUGGUUGAAUAUGCCAGAGAGAAACUGGAUGAUUUCAUAAAGAAUAGUGACAGCUUUGAUAAGUUUGAGUUCUGUGAACCUGUCUUUGUGGUGGGGAAUUGCCUUGAAAUCUCAACAGACAGUCACCAAUACGAUCGCAUCUACUGCGGCGCAGGAGUGCAGAAAGACCAUGAAAAUUACAUGAAAGUACUGCUCAAAAUUGGAGGCAUUCUGGUGAUGCCUAUAGAAGAUCAGCUGACCCAGAUAACCAGGACUGGCCAGUGCACAUGGGACAGCAAAAACAUCUUGGCGGUGUCCUUUGCCCCCUUGAUCCAGCAGAGCAUAGCAGAUGGAGAGAAGCCCGACGCUGUCCAGCUGCCCCCGGUGACUGUCUGCAGCCUUCAGGAUCUGUCUCGGAUCUACAUUCGCCGCACUCUGAGGAACCUGGCCAACGAGGACAGUCAGGGGAAGGACAUCAUGCAAAGAGUUCCCCAGAAGCGCAAACGCCGGCGCUGCCGGCGGCGACGCAUCAACACCUACGUUUUCGUGGGCAAUCAGCUGAUCCCCCAGAUGGUGGAGAGCGAGGAGGAGGAGCACGCCGAGGAAGAACACAAGGAAGUGGAGGAGGAGGAAGAACGAGACAUUGGCGACAUUGAAAUCCUCAAGCAAGUGAACGUGUUGAGAGACCAAAUAAUGUCUCUACCGCUGCCAGAGUCCCUGAAAGCAUAUCUGCUGUAUUACAGAGAGAAAUGACUGAUUAACUAAUCUCCACUCUUAAUGGGUGCAGCGCCUGCUCAGAUGCUUUUCUUCACCCUUUUCAGUACAGAUGUAGCAUUAUUUCCAUUAAAUCGUAAUGGCAAAACUGUAAUGGAAAGAGACGUCAUAGAUAGUGGAUAAUAAUAUGAUUAUCACGAAUUGUAUGAAUUUAUAUAUCCCAAAAAAAAAAAAAAAAGUAUACUAAAUGGACAGUUUGAGAAACCCAUUUUGAGAUUCAGAUUUUAUCACAAUGUCAGGAUUUCUGCAGAAAUGUGCAGAUUAAAAAUUGUAUAUGAAAAAAAGUUCUUAUUAUAUUUGUCAGAAUAUAAUCGUGCUGAGAUGAAGACUUUCAUCGCAGCUUUUAUAUAAGCUUUAACUUACUUGUCAGGGUCUGGUGAUUAACUGAUCACCGGAAAAGGAAGCAAAAGACACUGAAAGUCAAAUAAGGCCACACCCUCCACCUUGUUGAGUUUCUUGCAUAAUCACCAACAGGGCACUUUGUGUCGUUACUCUUGAGAUUUUGUGUCCGGUCAACGUGUUUUGUACCUUCCUGCUACAAGAGAUCAUGGAGAGACUUUAUUGAUUCAUAAUUUUUUCUACAGGGCACCUUUUGAUGUAACUUUUUUCUACAGGGUGCUUGUGUUUCCUCACUUUGCAUAUGAAUAGCCGGCAUCCUACUUGAUAUGAUACGGUGUUGUAGGACCCUCUCCUCUCCAUGGUUUCCCCAUCCUUGAUGCAAAUAGUAUAAUUAAUUAUGUCAGAGGUUUGGAAUAAUGAGACAGCUGAUGACCGGUGUUCAGUGGUGGUUCACAUUUUUAGCUUUGUUUUUUUAGAGGGGACUGAUGAUAGUCAAUAAUGCAUGAAUUUACUGUAAAUGUGUUGGGUGUUCCUGACUUCACAUCUUAUGAUUGGUCACUGGAGAUGAUGUCCCAAGUGAUCAAGACUGGAAAUGUUUUGAUAAAAAGGAAAAAAAACAUAGGAUUUAAAGAAUAUGAAUCAAGUAGAUGGCCUUUAAACAAAUCUCAAAUUCUGUAUUUUGGAGCCUUUUGUAUCCUGAACUGUAGAAGUGUCCUACGAAGCACCUUAGUCUGCAGUCCUCGAGUGAAAGAAGACGUUUUUAUUGCAGACUGGACUUGUUGUGAUGUAAAUCCUGUUUAAUCAAAGUACAAUUUGCUUGCAGAACUUCCCUGAUAGUGGUGCCAACGUACCCCCAUCACAUUAGGACUUCUGUGAGUUUCCUAGCACAGUAAAUUUACCCAAACGAAGGUAUAUUUCUACAAAAAACAUUCCGCGGUGGAAAGAAAAAAUAAAAUAAAUAAAACCGCACAUCACUGAUAGAUGUCACUCUUUUUCUUCAUGCUUUACAGUCACAGACUUUGGAGAUUUCACUCAUCUUACUUUGAAUGCAUUGUUUAGUAUUCCAAAAUCUGAGUUGAAUGUUGUUGAUAUUAAUUCUGUUCAAUAUAAAAGUGAUACAUAUGUAUUGUUAUCAUAGGAUUCUGCAUACAGUUUAAUUUGGUUUGUUGUAGCGCCCUUUUGCUGUGCUGUAUCUUUGACACUGGGAACUCUGUAGAUCAAAACUCCACUGCUGUCUGUUAAAUAGAUCAACUAUAGUCGUGCUUAUGGUAUUCAUUUUCUGGUGUAAUGAAAAAUAUUUUGUUUAAAAAAACGGGAGUGAUUAUUCUAUUUGUAGUUUGUGUGUGAAGAGGUAAUUAUUAUUUUCUGUAAGGUUUUUUUUUUUACAUUCAUGGAAAAGCUUUGCAAGUAAGAAAUAAUGGAAUAAUUUCUCAUCUUAUAAUUACCAAUAACAUCAUAGCCCCAUUUGAUUUGCGUAGUAUCCAUUAAAAUCCUCAUGACCAAUUACUGGUAUGCAACAGUUUGUAUACCAUUAUCUAAAACAUAAUUGCUAAUCAGAGAGCACAUUGAGUAUUGAAAGCAGGGGACCUACACCCUCGACUCUCAGGUCAUGCCUUGCACCAAAGUUAAUAGGACUGCUGUGAUCCCGUUUAAUGUGGACGAGAUUUGACUACAAAGAUGGCGCCCGGUAAAGACCAAAUUAUAACCAAUUCUGUGCUUUUAUAUGAAGUUGAUUUGUUAAGAGCCGAAACAGUUGUGUCACUGGUUAUCGGACCCAGGUUGAUUUCUCAUAGUGCGUGCAGCUCAUUUGGAAAAUGUGUCGUUUCUCCGUAAAUGUUUGGCACAAAAAUAAAAAGGUCACAAUCA